AUGCCUGGACUCGUCGAAAAGAAGCGCAAGCGCACCGAUGCCACCGCCGUCGCAAAACCUACCAAGUCGAAGAAAGUAAAGCCUGCCAGCAAUGGCGAAGACGAUCCUCAAGCACAGAUGCUGCUGCUAGAACAACAAAUACUCGAGUCGCCGUCGAACUACCCGAACAUCACCAGCCUGAUCAAGUUCCUCAAAUCAAAGGAUGCAACCCAGAGAGUUACGGCCGCCGUCGCUCUGUGCCGAACCUUCUGCCGCCUGAUGGCUGCCGAGCGAAUGGUCAGGCAGAAGACCAUGAACGAGGAAGAGAUUGAGCAGGUCGACUUCCUCAAGACACAGUACAAGGAGUACGGCCGACAACUGGGUCGUCUGCUGGCAAGCGAGGAGCUUCAGAGCACUGCCCUGACCCUCUUUAUGCGCCUGGUCAAGGAAGAGACAUCCCAGGACGGUCGCCGUGCUGAGCAGGCUUGGAGGACUGGUAUUUUUGCAGACUUGAUCCUGGGACUCGUGGCAUCGGCUGAUGCUGCUGGUGCGCGCGAGGAGUUCAUGGAGAAGUUCGUCGAGGAGCACGAUGAUGUUCGUUACUUCACCUUCUACGCCGUCGCAAACAUCCUGGCUCGCUCACCUGAAGGCUACGAUCGCCAGACACUCGUCUCGAACGCUCUUUCGCUGCUUCUCCUAAUCGAGAAUGCUCCCGACUCGGACUCGCAACUCGAAGACUGGUAUGGACAGACUCCCGAGGGCCGCAAGCACGCUCUCCUGUCUCUAUCAUCGCAUCGCAAGACAGCACAAGAGGCAUGGCUUGCCAUCUUCCGCUCCGCUCUUACCAAGGACGAACGCAAAUCUAUUCUCCACCACUUGACCAGUCGUAUCGUACCCUGGUUCACCAAGCCCGAGUCGCUCAUGGAUUUCUUGACAGACAGCUACGAUGCCGGCGGUGCCACUUCCCUGCUUGCUCUGUCCGGUCUCUUCUACCUUAUCGCUGAGAAGAACCUUGACUACCCUGCCUUCUACACGAAACUCUACUCUCUGCUCGAUGACACACUACUGCACUCGAAACACCGCAGUCGCUUCUUCCGCCUUCUUGACACCUUCAUGAGCUCUACACAUUUGCCCUCGGCUAUGGUCGCCAGUUUCAUCAAGAGAUUGUCAAGACUAGCGCUGCACGCGCCUCCUGCUGCGAUUGUCGUGGUUGUGCCAUGGACCUACAACAUGCUGUUGCGCCAUCGUACUUGCACAUUCAUGAUUCAUCGCGAAGUACGUGGCGCAGCGCAACUCAAGAAGCUCGAAGUCGAAGGUAUGGAUGACUCGUUCUCCAUGGAUGAGCUCGAUCCUAUGGAGACUGGUGCAAUUGAUUCAUCGCUUUGGGAGCUCGAGACUCUGGCUUCACACUACCAUCCCAACGUCGCAACGUUGGCGAGAAUCAUUCAGGAGCAGUUCACAAAGAAGAACUACAACAUGGAGGAUUUCUUGGAUCACAACUACCAAGGUCUGAUUGAUGCCGAGUUGGGCAAGGAGAUGAAGAAGACCCCUGUGGUCGAGUUUGAGAUCCCGAAGAGAAUCAUCACGACCGAGGAGGGUGGCUUGAACGAUCUGGGUAGUCUGCUACAGACCGCUGUUCAAAAAUUGUAA